UUCACCCCCGAAGACAGCCAGAUCAGAAAAGAGUGCCAGUUUAGAGAUGAAUUUCCACCGUCCUAAUCCUGAGCGAUUUUUCCCGUAUUCGGUGAGUGAUCGGUUCAAUAGGAUAAAUGAGUUAUGUGAGAAAGAACGGGCGGGCUGGCGUGAGGUACAGAGUACGAUGGCUGAGAAAGCAGAGGAGGCAAGUCAAGUCGCCCAUAGUUUGAAAUCCAGUGUUUCUAAGGAUGACUUAAACCACCCGUCUACAAGUAAGAAGAUUGAGGAAUAUGCAAAGACUGCUGCUAAACCAUACAAGGUUGAUGAAGAGACUCGCAGGGAGUUCUUAACACAGCUUCACCGAACUGCAUGGAAAGACGUCAACCAAAGAGUCACGAAGGCGCGAGAGGUAGCGCUUGCUAGAAGGGAAAGUGAUGUGAAUCAGGGCGCGUCUACAUCAGCAGAAAGUCCUUCAUGUAACAUCCCCUCAAGUGACGAGUGGCUAAUACACCAUCCAUGCUUGUUUGAUGCGAUUGCCUGCUCUGAGGACGACAGUGAUGACGAAGAAAACUGCUCCCAGUCCUCUGUAACUGGACACGUGGCCAUCUCUAUCAAAUUCAAAAUGUUCUUCAGGAACGAAGAACCUGAAGAACCGUCGGAGGAACCGGAGUUUGAUUCUAUCAGCCCAGUGGAGGAAUUACACGCGGAAAUCGCUGAAAACAAGCCCGAAGAAGGAAUCGCUCUAAACGGUUCCAUCCUGUUUGUGUCCACAGACCAACCGCUCGCAACUGAGGGAGAUGACCACCGAACUAAAAGCAGUCGUCGAUUUUCACCUGUACCCUCUCCGUGCGCGAGCCCCAGACCUGGAGCACUUACCAGGGUUCUAAAAAGACGACAGAACAAUUCUGUUGAAGGCUCGGUGUCCAGAGGUGGAAGUAAAUCUGAGGAAAGUGUCCUUCCUCCGGCGCUGACUCCAACUCCUUCCCCAGAAAACAAGAGCGACAGUCGAGGAGGGUUUCUUAGAGGUGUUAUCAGUAGGAUUGCACAGAGGAGAAGUAAUCGCGUUCAUGAUGUCACAUCUCCCGGGAAGUCCCAGUCCUCGAGCAACAGCGCCAUUUACGGUAAUCCUAGGUCCUCUAGCGACCGUGCCCUCCAGAGUACUCCCCAGACCUCCAAUCGUAGUUCUUUGACGCGUGCGUGGUUGAAUGUUCUGGGAAGAAGCUCCCCUCCCACAUCAGGCAGAGUCACACAAAUUUUGGUGCGUCCUUAUGACGAGAGCCAAGCCGAAAACGGUCGUAGACUGGUGCCCUCGCCCGCCUCCGUUGAACGCAGGUCCAGGGUAGAAGUGUCCUCGCCACCUUCCCGCGUUCGGAGCUCUACCUCCGGCAUCGUCACUUUCGAAAUUGAAGAUGAUAUCGAAGUCUGCUCUUUCACGUCGAGUCCCACCUUCGACGCGCGUUCCGCCGCCGAGAUCGGCGGCGGGACGUGAGAGCCACGCCCCUUUUUAAGUACUUGGCCUCAGGCGUCCUCCGGAACGUCGAACCAAAGCAUCAGAGGUACGUCACACAUACCGUGGGGGAAUGGGGUGAGUGGAAGAGAUACUCAAUGAAGUUCCUAGAGAGAGGGGAGAGUAAGGAAAUUUUAUGAUUUAUUUGGGAGGGGUAGACGAGAGAAAGUGGUCUUUGCGGUCAAAACAUUGACUUAUCGUGACGUACAUGGAAUAGGUGGGUACUUAAGCCGUACUUGAACGAUUUAGACCAAAGCGAUCGAAAUGAAGAACCUGAACUAAAGUCUGACCGAAACCCAGAUUAAAAUUCCGAUGUGAAUAGCCCAGUAUACUCUCGUCGUACUUUGGAAUUCUCCAAAUCUCCUAAUCGGCUUUUCCACCAGGAUACCGUGAUUUUAAAACGUAACGUAUAUCACCACUCCCCAUGAUAUAAGAUAUAAAUCCCUGGUUUGUGUUAUCUAAGCUUUCUUCCCUGCUGUUCCUUCAGUGUCAUGUUCUAGAGAUAACAUCCUUUGUGCGUGAGCAAUUUGAAACCAAUGUUGUGACUCAGAACACGCAGCAAUUCACACGUAUAUUUUCAAUGGUUUCCCUUAACGUCAGUCAAUACAUGAUUCAAUUCAAUUCGAUUGAUGCCUUGAGGCCUUAGUGUAUACAAGUAAGGUCUGGUACUGACCCAGAACCGAAAAACUUAAAAAACCUAGAUUAGUCGAGCAGACUUCCUGGAAACGGCCAUAAAAUUAACAGUCACUGAAUGACGCGCGUGAUUCUCGCGAUCCACGCGUAUUUUCCGAGAAACGUGCGCGCCAUUUGUUGCCCCAGGGUAGGCCUCAAGAUAAUCCAGGGAAAUGUGGGGGUAGGUCUUUUGUAGCCUCACCCCAUUUACCGCACAGAGGAAAUCGCGUUGGAUUCAUUAUGUGCUAAAAAUAAUGAAAUCAAAGCUGGUCAUAUCGGAAACAGGAUAUCCAGUGUUUCUCUUUUCUUUUCUUGUAGCAAUAAAUAUUAAAAAAAAUCGACUUGUUGAUCGAUUGUUCUCAUAACAUGCUUCAUUGACUUUGUACCGACGACAUUUGAGAAAAAAAAAUUGAUCGUCAUCACCAGGAGCCACAAUCACUCUUAGAGCGUUAUUUUCUAAUUCGGGUGCGUAAGUACCCCAGUACAAGUCAUAGGCCUACUCGCCCCCGUCCAGAUUGCUUCAGAAUUACUACAACCGCGGAAACCGAGCCCAAACUAAGAGUUAUUCUAUUGGAUAUAAAUCCUGUCGAUUGGUUAUUUUUCGGAAGGAAACACUCACAAUCUAUUGCAUACGUCGGGCGUGAACCACUGACUUCAACGUUGACAGGAAAUACGGUUUGCGUUUAUUGUCUUCAUCGAUGCUUCUUUGUAAUUAAUAAUUCGACGAAAAACAUACCAGUACUGGCUAAAGGAAAGAUAAAUUGACUGACUGAAAUUUAGGCGAAGAAUGAAAGUUUUUUUUUAAAAGUAUCUUGAGUAUUGCUGAGAAAAGUGUAACACAUCAGGUUGAGAAUUGUAAAGACAUGGCGGAUCAUCGCAGUUAGAUCUUUUUUAUAAUCACUUGCAAAAUGAGAAUUGAACGAUUAUGUUAGGUUGCGUAGUAGCCCGAGAUAAAGACGCUCACGGAAGCCAUUAUUUUUCCACUUUCCCUUCACUUCGGCAGAAUAUUCUCGGCCUCUGUUGAUUAAAGAGAGUCGCAUUUCCUUUCAGGAAAUGAAAACUCAAUUUGCGUCAAACACAAGACCAUAAAGAAUUUCACCAUCAACCAAAAUUUUUGCAAAAUAUUUUCUGACACUUCAGCCACUGGACCUUACCACAAAGAUAUCGUUCCACAUGAAGAGAAUCCAAGUGUAAUUUAAGCCGAGGACAUGUACAAAGUUCGACGGGGGCGGUGAAACAAGUCCAUAUACAAUUCCACGUGGGGGUAGCGAGAGCAGGGGAAAAAUUUCGCUUCUCGGCGGGAAACUUGGUUAUUUCGGCCUCAGAAAAUACUACUUGGAUUGUUUAAAGAAAUUCUUAACGACUGAUAAAACUGACCCGUAUCAUAUUAAACAAACAACGGAAACAAGUGGAUACCAUUUUAUGAGAGUUAUCGCACUUGAAUACCAAAAAUUAUUUUUCAGGAAAUGCCAACUAAGGUCACAUUCCGUGAGGGCCAUAGCAUGAUAACGCCGGUACUGUAACCUUCUAUUAGGAAGUUAGACUUUUUCUCGAUUCAUUGGACUGAUAGGUGUGAUAUCUACAAUGAUACCAGGCUAGUUUUCAUUCCGAAACUCUAAUUCGAGGGUUAAUUUCCGCUCAUCACGGCUGCUAUGAAAUUGUAUUCAGGUAACAAAAUAUUUGUUUUGCACAUUAAACCUUUGUUUGCAGUAGUAAAUAGAGGCAAGCAUGAAUUCAUAUUUCAGGAUUAUUUACAUGGCGACAUUUCGUACUGAAGUAACGGUUUUCGUAUCAGUUUCAAUGCUGCCCAAAAAUGUGGUUCGAAAAGUGCGUUAUGAUUUUUUUCCUAACCGCUAUUUUGGCCUUCUGACGUCAAUUCUAAUUCACUGAACUGAUUACAGUUUUAAUUAACAGAGCUUAGAAGUCCUUCUGUAAUUAAAAAACCUGCCAUAUCGAUAGACAAAACAACGUUUUUUUAAAGGAUUUUGUUUUUUGGUGGUUUACACCUUCCAAAGACAGGUUUUCAGGUUUUUCAAACUUGUUUCAAUGAAAUGUCUUCAGUGUGCUUCUAGAAGUCUGUUUCUCCGAGUUGUGUCAUCGAGGUUCAAACCUCAUUCCAUUAGGACAGAAAGUCUGGAAAAACAAUGCUUUGGACUGUCUUUUCUGGUCAGAAAGAAUAAAAACAAAACCCGUAUUGUUGUACGUUUAGCUAUUAUGGUAUGACUAGGCAUUGUUUACAAACUCAAACCAACCGGCGUUCUGAAAAACGUUUUGCAAAGAAAACAUGCGCACAUAAAUAUUUUAGUAAAUAAUAUUUUGAGUUUUGAUAGACUCAAACUUCGACUUCACUCUUGUGAAAUAUGAAUACCCAAUCAAUGUGAGAUCGGUCACUACCUGGUUUCGGUCUGAUACGGCCAGAAAACAAUGAGUAUUAAAACGAAAUGUGAAUAAAAAGCUUGCACGAAUUAUGUGCUGUCGGGUCACUCACACAAGCUAAAACAGACGCAGCAAAUAGCUAUUUCGUAUGUUAUUUAGUUUCGAUUGUCAUUAAAACGGCUGAUUUAGAGCUGAUAAGAAAGGUUUUGAGUCCGUUUCGGACCUGAGACUGUUAUGUUUGUAGAGGAGACUGUCCGGCGAAGCUUCCAUCUCGUGUCUUGAUUGGUUGUCUGCACAGUUGUAAUUAUCAGGUCAUUACCAUGUGACGUCAUCAUGCGGAGCCCCUUUUGCUUUGUUCAGAAUCUUGUGACAAGUUGUACUCUUGGUUCGUUCCUUCUGCUCUGGUAAAUCAACGUUUGUCUGAAACGUGCAAAAGACGUCUGUGCCCGUUUAAGACAUUCGAAGCGGAAUCGAUUCGAGCACGUGCAAUGGGCUCGAAUUUCAUGUUCUAAAUCUACGAUGAUCUGAAGCCGUCAGGGAUAUUAGAGAGCGGUUGACUCGAUUGUUUUGAGUGGAGAAAAUUGUUUCCUGCGUUUCUUUGCCGACAGUUUUCCUUCCUGCAGGCAGAAUUCGGUUAAUUUAUCUUUGCGGCGUAAGGAAUGAUAGCGGAUGUAGUGUUUGGUAGUAGUUCUUGACGAUAUGCCCGAAAUCGGUCGGGAUGAUUUCGACCAUUACGAGAAAGAACGGCGAGUUUGCCAGGGGAAACUUUGUUCCAGCAAUGUACAGACAGAGAAGCAAAAUGCUGUGAAGGUCUGUCACCAUGAAGACUGCCAAGAAGCGAACCAUGGCCAUCCCCUGCUGCUCUGUCUAAGGUGCGAUGAGGUUCACCACCUUGGUUCUGGCUCAAACCAUGCAAGGUUUGACGUACCGGAGAGGCCAAGUACUAAUUUAAUCAGGACGCCCUCCAGCCACUCGGCAGGCUCUGAUUCAGGAAACGAGGAUGACCUGGAAUCUGAA